AUGCACAGUAACAUGAACAAUCCUGAUGAACGUAGAGCUGAUACCUGUGAUCUACCAACAUUACCUAUGCAACUAAUAUCACUAUCUACAUAUCCAAUACACGGACCACCACCACCUUAUGCAAUGACACCACCAUUGAAUCCUCCUUUAUAUUCACCACCUACAGUUGAUAUUACAAAGACUUCAGAAGCAUAUCAAAGUGCUAUAGUUCCUGAUGAUUAUAUUCAUUUGGAAACAGUUCGUAUUCGAGAUUAUAUGUCUUGGUCAUUGGUCAAUGAAACAUACAUAUUAAUAAAAAUAGUAAAACUGAGUAGUGAUGAACAAGAUCAAAUACAAGGAAAUUUUGUUGUAGAAUGA